AUGUCGACCCCAACGAAUGGAAAUGUACAGGAGAGUUUCCAGGUGUCUGCAACUAGAGGCACCGGAUGGUUGAAUGCACACGCAAUGCUGUUGCUAGUGUGGUUAACCAUGGGCGUGGCACCUCUGGCCCUGCAACUACGGAGCUACACACAAUUCGUCAGGCCUGCCAAAAUGUCCGAGAUUCUCGUCGUACCUCAAAAUCAGCAAAAGGAGACCGCGAAUCUGACGGAGGUUUGCCCUGUGGAAGCUCUUGUGCUGGCUGGAGUCUGGUGGAAUUUCGAGCCAACGUAUUACUAUCUCACUGAAAAUGGCACUAUUUGCCACGCCGUUGUGCCGCAGUACAACUCGCACGGGAAUUACUUCAUCGGGGGCUCAAAAGUGGUUCCAUAUCGCACUGCACCAUCCAGUUGUGAGAACGACAGUUUUCCAUUCGAAGUAUACUUCUAUCAUGCCAGUAUCGGUUUCUACUCGCUCUACGAAGGAGAGACCGGCACGUAUUGUACUAAGGACAGAACGUCAUAUAUCCAAGUGGAUGUUCUUGGCUCGUACGAUAUUAACGGGUCGUUCUUAGCGAAGGACACGGGUAGUACGAAGUCCAGGGUAUCGUACUGGUACAGCAUUGUCGGUGCUUUAUGGCUCGGAUAUCGAGUGUUAAUGGUCCGUAGAAGCUGUGUGUUGUGCUCACGCUACGGUCGAAGAUGUGACGAUUUAGGUGAAACGCUUUCUCACGAGCAGGCCGUGGUGUUUGUCCAGGAGAGUCUGCGCUUGUCUGCACAUGGGGCGUCGAAUUAUCAACGAACAGCUUUGCUCUACUUGAUCGUGGAAGGAAUCAUGACGGAUUUAUUUCUUAUCAUCGCAAACGAUGGCUGGGCAGCCCGACUCCAGUACGCAUCGUUGGGCUACAAUUUGUCCGGGUUAAUGCUGUUGUUAUUUGAGAUGGUGGAGAGCAUGAAUUGGCUCAGUGAGAAGUGGAGGAUGCGAAUCAAGCGAGUGUUUUUCAGUUACGAGGUCGCUCUGGUUGGUGAGUUUGUUACUGCUCUGGUACUUCAAGCUUUUCUGUCUGGAUUAAAUAAGUCGGACUUGAAGCGGUCCAAACCAACAGCUCUCGCGGUGUCCUAUUACUUGUGGAGUUUGAUUUGUCACGGAAUGGUAGUGCUGAUUAUUGUUGGAAUUAUCUCGUCUACGCGUGUAUUGUGUGUGGUUGGGUACGUGUGGCUUAAACACCGCUCCUUUGCCAUCCUGUCCGAACCUUGUUGUGUUGACACGGCCCUGGGAGUUCGAAGUAGGAUCAUGCUACUUGGCGGCUACUGUUUGGAAAGCGGCAAACUAUACUACAUGCCCACAGCAUUGAAAGCAUUCGGGCUAUUGAAAAUGAAAGAAGGAAGCAGAACUUAUUUGGUUAUGCACAAGCUGCAUUGGUUUACUGUCCCGAAAGACACUUUGGUCGGGAUCGGUACUAUCACGGCAUCGCGGGUGGAACCUUGCAACGAACGGCCUUGCACGGGAAGUGUAAAUUUUCUAGUGAGGAGACUAGGAGGUCCUUCCAACCAGACAAAAAGCUACCAAGCAACUUUAAACCAGCGUGUAAUAAGGGUUGUACCUGGGCCAAGGGAAAUGAGCGACAUUGUGUAG